AUGGCUGAUGCUGCUGUUAGUGCUACCAUUCAGGUUGCGUUGCAGGCGGUUAUUUCCCUUGCCGCUGAUCAUGUUAAUCUGGCUCGUGAAUUCCCAGAGGAGCUGGAGAAACUCGACAAAUCUGCUGCAAUGAUCCGAGGCUUCUUGGCUGGUGCCGACGAGAACAAGCAUAGCCCAGUGGUGCAAAAUUGGCUCAAGCAGCUGGAAGAAGAGGUUUUCAAAGCUGACAAUGUGCUGGACGAGCUCAACUAUGAGAAUCUUCGUCGGAAGGUGAAGUAUCAAAAUCAACCCAUGAAAAAGAAGGUACUCUUCUGUUUUUCAUUCUUUAAUAAAAUUGGUUUUCGUUGGAGGUUGGGUUCAAUGAUCAGGGAGAUCAACACGAACCUUGAAAGCAUCCAUCAGAAUGCCGAACAUCUGGGACUGGUCCCCAAGCUCCAAGUUGAAGAAGCAUCUAGAGCCACAACAAGCCGACAGACCGACUCUAUUAUUGUUCGAAGUGAUGUCCUAGGAAGAGACGAGGAUGAAUCAGAAAUAGUCAAGAAGUUGUUGGCCGAAUCUGAAAGUGUUAUUUCAGUUAUUCCCAUAACUGGCAUGGGUGGUUUAGGCAAAACAACUCUGGCUAAAGCCGUUUACAAAAAUGAACAAAUUGUUGGACAUUUUGACCAAACAAUGUGGGUUUGUGUGGCUGAAAAAGUAGAUAGAAUCGAGGUGGUCUUCAAAAUGAUUCUAAAAUCGUUAACGGAUGAAGAGAUUGAAGGGGAUCGUAGGGAGGAAAUAGUUAAAAAAAUUCAGCAUGAACUCAAGGAAAAAAGAUAUUUCCUUGUUCUUGAUGAUUUGUGGAAUGAUCAAGAAGUAUUGUUGGAUGACUUUUUCAGCACUUUGGCGGGACUCAAUGCGAAGAAAGGGAGCUGGUGUCUUGUUACUUCUCGUCUGCAAGAAGUGGCAACUAUUCUGUCUAGACAUCCGCAGAUCAAUUUUACUCGCCAUGAGCUGGGAAGGCUAUGCGAGGAUGAUUGCUGGUCUAUCAUGAAAAAAAGGGCAAAUGUAGAGGAAGAAUUACCAAAAGAAUUGGAAGACAUGAGGGAGCAAGUUUUAAGAAGAUGUGACGGUCUACCUUUGGCAGCAAAGUUAAUUGGAGGUUUGUUAUCUAAAAAGAGAAAAGAGGAUUGGCUAUCUAUUUUGGAGGAGAGCCUGUUGAAUGGAGAUCAGGGUGGGAUCGAGCAAAUAGUUAAGGUGAGUUUUGAUCAUCUGUCACCUGCACCGGUUAAGAAAUGUUUUGCAUAUUGCUCAAUCUUUGAUCAAGAUACUGAAUUGGAACAAGAUCCACUAGUUGAGCUUUGGAUGGCUGAAGGCUUUCUUCAACCGGAUUCCCAAAAUGAAAGAAUGAUGGAGAAAAUAGGAUGUGAGUAUUUGAGAAUUUUGCUGCAAACUUCCUUAUUGGAAGAAGUAAAAGAGGAGUGGGGAACAUGGUAUAAAAUGCAUGACCUUGUGCAUGAUUUUGCAAAAUCAAUUUUGAACCGUAACUGCAGCAAUCAGGACCGUUACCUUGCAGUAUACUCAUCCGAAAGAAUGGUAGAAACCAUCAAUGCAAAAACAUCAGCAUCACUUCGCACAUUAUUUCUGAAGGGUGGCAUAGCUGAUGAUAUGUUAUCAAAGUUCAAAUACUUGCAUGUCCUAAAAUUGUUUGGAGCAGAUGCCAAAGAGUUGCCAAACUCCGUUGUUUGCAAACACUGA